AUGGUCCCCAAGCCGGGCCCUGCCAACCACAGCGCCCUGGCCUGGGCGUCUGGGCCGCCGCCGGAGUCGGAGGGCAGCGGCUGGGUGGCAGCCGCGCUGUGCGUGGUCAUCGUGCUCACGGCGGCCGCCAACUUGCUGCUCAUCGCGCUCAUCUGCACGCAGCCGGCGCUGCGCAACACGUCGAACUUCUUCUUGGUGUCGCUCUUCACGUCGGACCUGAUGGUGGGGCUGGUGGUGAUGCCGCCGGCCAUGCUGAACGUGCUGUACGGGCGCUGGGUGCUGGCGCGCAGCCUCUGCCUGCUCUGGGCCGCCUUCGACGUGAUGUGCUGCAGCGCCUCCAUCCUCAACCUCUGCCUCAUCAGCCUGGACCGCUACCUGCUCAUCCUGUCGCCGCUGCGCUACAAGCUGCGCAUGACGCCCUCGCGCGCCCUGGCGCUCAUCCUGGGCGCCUGGAGCCUCGCCUCGCUGGCCUCUUUCCUGCCCUUGCUGCUGGGCUGGCAUCAACUUGGCCAAGCUCGGGCACCCGCUCCGGGCCAGUGCCGCCUGUUGGCCAGCCUGCCCUUCGUCCUUGUGGCGUCGGGCCUCACCUUCUUCCUGCCUUCGGGUGCCAUCUGCUUCACUUACUGCAGGAUUCUGCUGGCUGCGCGCAAGCAGGCCGUGCAGGUGGCCUCCUUCACCACCGGCACUGCCGGCCAGGCCUUGGAGACGCUGCAGGUGCCCAAGACCCCACAGCCAGGGCUGGAGUCUACUGACAGCAGGCGUCUGGCCACCAAGCACAGCAGGAAGGCAUUGAAGGCCAGCCUGACUCUGGGCAUCCUGCUGGGCAUGUUCUUUGUGACCUGGUUGCCCUUCUUUGUGGCCAACAUCAUCCAGGUAAUGCCACAGAUGGAUCCAGGAUGUGGUGGGGCGACCUCAAGUGUCAGCCCAGCCCAGGUUCGGGGAGGGAGAGGGUGGCCGUCUCCCAUCGUGCCCAUGCUUGUGUGUGUGUUCCAUCUGUGCUGGGUGGGUGGUCAUGACACAUCCUGUCCCCCACAGGCUGUGUGUGACUGCAUCUCCCCGGGCCUCUUUGAUGUCCUUACAUGGCUGGGGUACUGUAACAGUACCAUGAACCCCAUCAUCUACCCACUUUUCAUGCGGGACUUCAAGCGGGCUCUGGGAAAGUUCCUGCCCUGCCCUCACUGUCCUCCAGAGCCCCGGGCCACCCCGGCCUCCCCCUCCAUGCGGACCUCUCACAGCGGUGCCCGGCCUGGCCUGAGCCUGCAGCAUGUGCUGCCACUGCCACUGCCUCUGAACUCCUCAGACUCAGACUCCGGUGGUUCCUCCGGCCUGCAGCUCACGACCCAGCUGCUGCUGCCUGGAGAGGCCACCCGGGACCCCCUGCCACCCCCCAGGCCCGCUGCUGCAGUCAACUUCUUCAACAUCAAUCGAGCGGAGCCUGAGCUGCGACUGCACCCUCUCGGUACCCCUACGAACUGACCAGGUUUGGAGCUGGCCAGGGAGAGCUGGAUUGGAUGGGACCAAGUCCCUGGGGCCCUGAGCCAACUCCUGGCUCAGGCCAGGAAACUGCAGGUGUCUUGGGAGCCCUCUGAGCUUCAGAGGCUGCCCUGAGCCCGCACUGCUCCAGGGCCCUGACCCAGGGAGAGGACAGCUGGCUUGGCACAGCCCGCUGCAGAUGCUCGCCAUUGAGAGCAAGUUGCGGUUUCUGUAGAGGAUGCUGGGUAGAGUGGGAGAUGGGGUGCAGGACCUCUUGGUUCAGAUUAGGUUAGAAGUACCCUGACCUUUGCUCCUCUCAGGCUAGUGGUAGGGAGCACUUCUUCUGUGGAUUCACACGUGGCCCGGUCUUGGCUACUCAAUGUGCAGUUCUUGGACCAUCAGCAAACUCCUCACCUCCUGGGCAUUUACACAGAGGAUAGAGCCCAUCCAUCUGCCUCAGACCUGCUAAGUCAGGAUCGUGUGUUACCAAGGUCCCGGGUGACACAGUUCGAGAUGUGCUGGCUGAGACGCCCUUUCACCCUGAGGACUUGCUGCACACUUUUCAGACCUGACAGCCUCCAGAGUGUGAGUGUUAGCACAGCAAAAUACCCGAGGCUGUCAGGCAGGCAAGCUUUGGAUUUCCGCUCAUCCUCCUCACUCUGGGCUGGCCCAGGUUCCUUCACCGCUCUGAGUCAUGGAUGUCUCAGGAGUGAAGUGGGAGAACAAUGUCACUUUGUAGCUUUAUGACUUAGGACAGUGCACAGGGGGUGGCCUGUUGUCCUUAUGACCUCUGCUGGGCAGGAAAGACUGUUUGUUCCCACUGUUAUCUUUUGCAGUGCUGGGGAUGGAGCCCAGGACCUGGGGCAUACUAGUCACGUGCUCUACCCCCAACCGCUCCCCAACCCCGUCCAGAUUUCCACCACCCAACUCUGGUUCCACAACUCCUUUUCUGGGUGCCAGAUGGGGUUCCGAUUGCUCAGCACCCCCCUCCCCCGCUCCGGGCCUCUGUUGACUUCCCUGGGGCAUAGGGGGCCAUGGAAGUUUCUUGUUGAACAUCAGGGAUGGGUUUUGUUCUACCCUAGGUUUUCCUGGACCUGAAAGGGAGCAGCUAACACAGGCCCUUGUCCUUCCAUGGGCCAGUAAGGGAGACUGGACUGGUGGCCACUUGAAUCCACAGGGGAGAGUUGGAAAACUGUCCCUGGUGUGGGCUGGGGCAACAGGCAGGCAGGUAGACUCUUUGGGCACAAGGUGUGGGAACUUGGUUCCUAAUUUACCUGCCCUAUUGAGGGUUUUCUUAACACCACUAAACUCCAUCAACCCCCAAACUACCAGGGACCAGGUGCUCUCCUUGGUGCUGAUCAGACUCAAUUCGGUCCUGGCUGCUGGUUGUGGAGGGGCCAUGGUGCUUGCUGGGGCUCCCUGGAUGCCACCAGGGCUGUCAAUAAACUAAAGAUAAAGAACAUGA